CGAGGAAUCAACAUGCCUUUCUCAUCGCCGCAUCCCGAUGUCGAGAUACCGAAAUGCAAUCUCUUGGAAUAUCUCUUUCCGAAAAGAGAGACUCUCACAAACACGCCGAUCUGGAAUGAUGCGAAGGACCCGAAUCACCAUCUAACACCAAGAACACUGCUGCAAUGGUCGAAACGACUAGCUUUGGGUCUAGAGCGCAUGGGAAGCAAACCAGGGGAGGUUGUUAUGAUAUUUACCCCAAAUCAUAUCUUCGUUCCUGUAGCCUAUCUAGGGAUUGUGGGGUCCAAGAGGAUUUUCAGCGGCGCAAACCCAGCAUAUACGUUAUCAGAAAUGGUUCAUCAGAUAUCAAACACAGAAGCCCAAUAUAUCCUCGCUCACCCUUCACUAGCGAGCACUGCAGUGACAGCAGCACGAAAAGCAGGCUUGCCGGAUGGUCGCAUCUCGCUGUUCUCAGACGUACCCAACACACAUAAUAUGGAUUGUCGAGACUGGAGAGAAUGGCUUCCUUCCCCUAAUGAAGCAGACGCCUACAACUUUCCCUAUCUAUCCGAGGAAGAAGCUACAAUGACCACAGCGACCGUGAACUACUCUUCGGGCACCACUGGCCUGCCAAAAGGCGUCGAGGUCAGCCAUUAUAACCUCAUUGCAAACUUGCAACAGACAAUCUACAUGCGAUACCUCAAGAAACCAUGGGAUCACACUAACCGCCCACGAGAAGUCUGGCUCGGAUUCUUACCACUAUACCACGCGUACGCACAGCUUUAUACCAUCGCUAUGGCGCAAAAGCUUCAGGUCCCAGUGUACAUAAUGAAGCAGUUUCAUUACGAAGAGUUCCUGGAAGCGAUACAGGCGUAUAAAGUUACCCACUUGCAGGUUGCUCCACCUAUCAUGCUCAUGCUAAGUAAGAGACCCGAGACGGUGAAGUAUGACCUCAGUAGUGUCACGGAUAUUCUUUGCGGAGCAGCUCCUCUGAGUAAAGAGUUGCAAACAGAGAUCAGCAGGAAGCUCAAAUGCGAAAUCGUGCAAGGGUGGGGAAUGACGGAGGUGACCUGUGGCGCUAUCCACGUUCCCGGAGGCACAAGCGAUGACUCCGGAAGCGUAGGAGAGCUCGACCCAAAUUGCGAAUGUAAACUCCUCGACGACAAAGGCAAUGAGGUGGCGGAUGGUCAGCCGGGAGAACUUUACAUCCGCGGCCCGAACGUGUGUCUUGGGUACUGGCGCAAUCCAGAAGCCACGAAAGAAACGAUCCUAACCGAUGGUUGGCUGCGAACUGGAGAUGUUGCUGUGUGCCGAAAUGGGUGGUUUUGGAUCGUCGACAGGAAAAAGGAACUCAUCAAGGUCAACAGCCUUCAAGUAGCUCCCGCGGAGCUAGAAGCUGUGCUAUUGGAAUUUGAUCCAGUCGCCGACGCUGCGGUAGUUGGUAUUACCCUAGACGAACAGGAAUGGCCACGUGCUUAUGUCACUUUGAAAGACGAGCAUAAGAACAAGGUAUCGGAGAAAGACAUUCACAGAUUUAUGAAAGAAAAGGUUGCGAAGCAUAAACAGCUAGUGGGGGGCAUUGUCUUCGUAGAUGAGGUGCCUAAGUUGCAAAGCGGGAAGAUCAAGCGUGCCCUAAUUAAGCAGUGGGCGAAGAAAGAUGCUGAAAGGAUGGGAGGCGCCAGCCUGAGAGCGAAGCUGUAGCUUUCAGUGAAUACAAUUUUGAAUUAGCUUAUUGAAGAAGUCAGUAUGUCUACGGUCUACUCUGUGAUCGAAUGUGCUGCUUCCAAUCAACGUACCGUCAUUAAUUCUUGAGUUAGUGCCUGCAUCUGCCACUGAUUGAUUGGUCCUCGUAAACAUGAAUAAUGGAGAUUCUAUAAUGGAGCAUUUGAUUGCAAGUCCUGAAUUUUAGUUCUAGAGCCCUCUCAAUAGAGCUAAUAAAAGACCUGUCAUGAUAUCCAUCGACCUUGAAUCUAUCAUGAAUCGUACGCUCGACAAUACAGCAUGAUCCCGU